AUGCAUAAAGAGGUUUGUUGCUUGGUCCGAAAGGCAAACAACAAUGUGAAAAUCAUACGCACGGAUAAUGGAUUAGAAUUUUGUAACAAUGAAAUGCAUAACUUUGUGCAGGAGAAAGGCAUACAGCAUCAAACAACAGUGCCCUACACGCCUCAGCAAAAUGAAAAGGCUGAAAGAGACAUGCGUACACUUGUUGAAGCGGAGAGGACCAUGAAAGCAAAUAGAUUGCCAAAAUAUUUAUGGGCAAAGGCGGUAAAUACAACCGUCUACGUAUUGAACCGUACUUCGAAGAGCAAGCAGGAAGGCCUAUCUCCCUAUGAAUCUUUCCAUAAACGUGAAGUAAACAUCAAUGAUCUAAAAGGAGUAUUUGGUGAACGAGUAUUUGUGCACAUACCUAAAGAAAAAAGGUUGAAGUGGGACGACAAAGGAGAAGAGGCAAUCUUAGUUGGCUACGAAGACACAAAAGGUUUCAGAGUGUAUUAUGAGAACAGACGAGAGGUCCAUAUCCGAAGGGAUGUAGUAUUUUUGGAAGGCAAGAGAGUGGAGGAACCGAAAUGUGACCAGAAGGAGGUGAUGGAGGAAAUGGUUUUGCUGGACAUGUCAUCUGAGAACGAAGUAGUAGAGCAUCAUGAGAAAAGUGACGAAGAGUUCCAUGACACAAAUACGGAUGAAGAUGAAGGUAAAGAACAGGAUAAGACACCGGAAAACACAGAAAAUAUACCACCGGAGAGGACUGAGAAAGGGAUAAAUCAAAAUGAGACGGAGGAUCUGAAUACAGGAAUAAAAAGUCAAAAUUCAGCAACGGAAGUUCAAAAUCAAGGACAAAGUAGCAAAAGAAAAGUUACAAAGCCAAAGAAAUUAGAAAAUUACUAUCUGUAUGUUACUGUAGAACCUAGAAACUACAGAGAAGCAAUAGCAUCACCGGAAGCUGAACACUAG